UUAGGACAAAGAUCACGCGUCUAGAAUAAGACAGGCAGGCAUGUUCUGUCUGACAUUUCACAAAUUUUCAAAAUCCUUAUUUACUUCUUUAAUCAAAAAUCUAAUGCCUUUUUUGCUUCUUUUAAUGCUUUUUAAUCUCUUCGUUAAUCCCUCCUUUUUACGUGGUUAAAAUACCAAAAAACGCGUGUAAUUAAUUUAUGUCCUCAUUACAAAUCACAAACACCAGAAAUCUCGUUAGAUUUUCCUUAAAUUUCUCUGAUUCUCUCCUAGAUUGAUUGUGUCCGAAAGAUCUGUGUUUCGAGAACCAGAAGAAGAAGAUGAUAGAGAAAUGCUUAGGAACGCAGCGUUUUAGGAGAUUACAGAGAGUCUGGCGUCAAGGAAAGGUGACGCUUCUCUGCCUCGUUCUCACCGUCGUCGUCCUACGUGGCACAAUCGGAGCUGGUAAGUUCGGUACGCCGGAGCAAGACAUCGAGGAGAUCCGCGAGCAUUUCUUCUACUCUCGCAAACGCGCCGAGACUCACCGUGUCCUCGUCGAGGUCUCCUCCUCCAAAACGACGUCGUCGAAAGAAGUAGCUGGAAACAGCAACAACAACUACGAGACAUUCGAUUUCAAAAAGAUAUUCGUUGAGGAAGGAGAUGAAGAGAAAUCAGAAGACCGGAGUAAACCGUAUUCUCUCGGUCCCAAGAUCUCUGAUUGGGACGAGCAGAGGCGUGAUUGGCUCAAACAAAACCCUAGCUUUCCAAACUUCGUUGCUCCGAACAAACCUAGGGUUCUUCUUGUCACAGGUUCAGCUCCUAAGCCUUGCGAGAAUCCUGUCGGUGACCAUUACCUCUUGAAAUCAAUCAAGAACAAGAUCGAUUACUGUCGGAUCCACGGGAUCGAGAUCUUCUACAACAUGGCGUUGCUCGACGCUGAGAUGGCUGGGUUCUGGGCCAAGCUUCCGUUGAUUCGGAAACUGUUAUUGUCUCAUCCUGAGAUCGAGUUUCUAUGGUGGAUGGACAGUGACGCGAUGUUUACAGACAUGGUGUUCGAGCUUCCUUGGGAGAGGUACAAGGACUACAACCUCGUGAUGCACGGAUGGAAAGAGAUGGUUUACGACCAGAAGAGUUGGAUUGGUCUCAACACUGGAAGUUUUUUGAUUAGGAACUCACAGUGGUCUCUCGAUCUCCUCGACUCUUGGGCUCCCAUGGGUCCUAAAGGGAAGAUCCGAGAAGAAGCGGGUAAAAUCUUGACCCGGGAGCUAAAAGACCGGCCCACUUUCGAAGCCGAUGAUCAGUCGGCGAUGGUAUAUCUUUUGGCGACUGAGAGGGAGAAAUGGGGAGGGAAAGUUUAUCUAGAGAGUGGUUAUUACUUGCACGGUUACUGGGGGAUUUUGGUUGACCGGUACGAGGAGAUGAUUGAGAAUUAUAAACCGGGUUUUGGAGACCACCGGUGGCCACUUGUCACUCAUUUCGUGGGGUGCAAACCGUGUGGGAAGUUUGGAGAUUAUCCGGUUGAGAGGUGUCUCCGGCAGAUGGAUAGAGCGUUUAAUUUCGGAGACAAUCAGAUCCUUCAGAUGUAUGGUUUCACGCAUAAGUCGCUAGGGAGCCGAAGCGUGAAACCAACGCGUAGCCAGAUGGACAGGCCGCUAGAUGCUAAAGACGAGUUUGGGCUGCUUCAUCCGUCGUUUAAAGCGGCUAAGCUCUCGUCGACAACGUGAGGAAGAAUGUUGUUUCGUUUAGGACACACAUUAAUGUUUCAUUCCUUUCUUUAUUCGUUUGUAGUUUCCUUAAUUAAAGUUAUUCUACUAUGAUCUCCCAUUGAUGGGUGGAUUCGUGUAUGGAGGAGUAUCUAAUGAUUUUCUUGUACAUAUUCAGUUUAAUGAUUUACUUAUCAUUAGCCAA